GCGCGCCCAAUCGCCGCCGUCAGCGGGCGCUCCAGGGCCGCCGCCGCCGCCGCCGCCGUCAGAGAUACUAGAGCCUUCUAUGAUAUUUGGCUGCUACUGUCCGUUCCCGGGCCGCCGCCGCCGCCGCCACCUCUGCUGUCCGCUCCCGGGCCACCGCUCCCGGGCCCCUGUUGUUGUCCGUUCCCGGGCCGCUGCCGCCUCUGCUGUCCGCUCCCGGGCUCCAUUAUCUCCGAUCGGGACGGGCAGCUCGGGCUUUGCGGGCCGUGGGGAGGAUGGAGGCGGCGCCGUAGAUCGAUCGCCGGCUGUGAUGGGCGCUAUACACGUUUUCAGGCCUGAUGAUUCAACGUCAUUUAAUCCAGGAAGAAUUGACAGCAAUUUCCUGCCACUGUCAUGAAGUUCAUUGGAGUGCUUUACAAUCUGCGGUGGAAUGUUUCAACCUAUUUGUGAUUAUUUUUAAAUGAACAAUGAGAAAGAAAUCCUUUGUGGAGGAUCAACUUUAUUAAUUUAUAAUCUUGGAAAACCGAAGUUGCAUAUUACAUCUGACCAGAAGCAAAGUUUAAAAUAAUUAUGGCGUCCGUUUGGAAACGAUUACAACGUGUAGGGAAACAUGCAUCUAAGUUCCAAUUUGUGGCUUCGUAUCAAGAAUUAAUGGUGGAGUGCACAAAGAAAUGGCAACCUGACAAGCUGGUGGUGGUUUGGACAAGAAGAAGCAGGCGGAAAUCAUCUAAGGCUCAUAGUUGGCAACCAGGAAUUAAAAACCCAUACCGAGGAGUUGUGGUCUGGCCUGUUCCCGAAAACAUUGAAAUCACUGUGACACUUUUCAAGGAUCCGCAUGCUGAAGAAUUUGAAGACAAGGAGUGGACAUUUGUUAUAGAAAACGAGUCGCCAUCAGGCCGUAGGAAGGCCCUGGCCACCAGUAGCAUCAACAUGAAGCAGUACGCAAGCCCCAUGCCCACACAGACCGAUGUCAAACUCAAAUUCAAGCCUUUAUCGAAAAAAAUUGUUGCUGCCACACUACAAUUUUCUUUAUCUUGCAUUUUCCUGAGGGAAGGCAAAGCAACGGAUGAGGAUAUGCAAAGCCUGGCGAGUCUAAUGAGCAUGAAACAAGCUGAUAUUGGAAACUUGGAUGACUUUGAGGAAGAAAAUGAUGAUGAAGAAGAAAAUCGGGUGAAUCAAGAAGAAAAGUCAGCAAAGAUCACAGAGAUAGUAAACCAGUUGAAUGCUCUGAGCAGCUUAGAUGAAGAACACGAUGACUGCCUAAAACAAGCAAAUAAGCCUGCAGCUAAAUCAACCAGUUCUUCUGAAGAACUUAUCAAUAAACUCAACUUUUUGGAAGAUGACGUAUCUAUCACUAGACUUAAUCCAUUUGGAGAGGUUGAUGCCCAGGGAGCAAACCCUUUUGGAGACCCAGAAUAUGAAGCUGAUAUGGAAGACAGAAACAUUGGAACAACGUCUACUGCAAGACCAGAAGGAUUAUUUGACAAUGACCCUAACAACCCUUUCAACGAGCAAGAGUACGAAGUCUCCCUGAAUCCAUUUAAUGUCCAUGGUUCUCAGCACAACAGGAUCCUUGAACACAGGACAGAAGUAGCUGAGCCACCAAAGCCAGCAAAGAGGCAGAAUGUCAAACCUGUGGACAUGAGCAAGUAUCUCUAUGCUGAAACAACCAAACCAGAGGAAGAGGAAUUAGAUGAAUCUAAUCCAUUCUAUGAGCCGAAGGCAUCAAAUUCUAUAAGGAAUCAACCCACAUUAAUGACAGCUUCAGAACAGCAGAUUGAGACAGAAAAGAAGACAAAAAGAAAAGCUCCUUCACCUCCAGCAUCUGAACCCACACCAAAGACUGAAAGUGGAGCGGUGUACAUGAAACCUGCUGUUGUCAAGGACCUAACUACUUCACCAAAGCCAAGCCCGAUCCCGAGCCCAGUUUUGGGGAAAAAGCCAAAUGCUACUCAAUCACUGCUUGCCUGGUGCAGGGAAGUGACAAAAAACUAUAGAGGAGUGAAAAUCACAAAUUUCACCACAUCAUGGAGAAAUGGGCUGGCUUUCUGUGCAAUCCUGCAUCAUUUCCGAUCAGACUUAAUUGAUUACAAAUCUCUGAAUCCUCAAGAUAUUAAAGAAAACAAUAAAAAGGCUUAUGAUGGCUUUGCAAGCUUGGGAAUAUCACGAUUAUUGGAGCCUGCAGAUAUGGUUCUAUUGGCCAUUCCUGAUAAACUGUCUGUAAUGACCUACCUUUAUCAAAUAAGGGCACAUUUCAGUGGGGAAGAAUUAAAUGUUGUGCAGAUUGAAGAAAAUAGCAGUAAAAGUAAAUACAAAGUCGGGAACUUUGAAACUGAUACAAACAGCUCUAUUGAUCAGGAGCAGUUUUACGCAGAGAUAACUGAAGUUAAACCAGCAGCACAACAACCCACUGGUCUAUCACUUGAUGCUUCAUCUCAGGAAGACACAGUAUUCAGUGACAGUGAGUUGCAAAGUCAACAUCAGGCAGCUGAAGACCAUUUCAAUAUAAGUGCAGCAAAAUCUUCCUCACAAAGGACUAACACUUUUGCUGUGGCACAAUAUGAUAACCCUCAUGAACAGAACUCUGUCAAAAGUUCUGCAUUGGAGGAUAACGGCAAAAGUGAAAGCACAGAAGAAUCAUUGCCACAAGCACAAGUACCGCCUUCAUUAAACAAAAGGAAACUGUUGAAAGUAGACACUGCUGUCUUAAAUGACUUGUUAAAUGAGGGUGAUCAAAAGGAAUAUAAAGUACCAUCUCUUGUAUAUGAGGAUACUGUAACAGAAAGACACAAGAGUUCAACCUAUGACCAUGAGCACAGGAAGCUUCACUUUUCAGACUGCACAGAGAGCACAAGUCCAGAGCCCACUUCUCCGGCUCGAAGAUCCAUCACCACUCCAGUCCAUAAACUGGGAUUCUCUUACAACAGGGAUGCAGACCUCAUCAAGAAAAAACGGGCAACAUUGCGGCACUCAGAAAAUGACAACUCAGCAGAAACUGUCACCACAUGUUUCAAUCAUUCAGGUCAACAGAAACAAAAUAUUGAGCUGAACUCGUCCCAGCAAACAGAGGAAGUCACUGAAGAGAAGAGAAUAACAACAAGGCAAGAAGAACUGAAGGAGCGAGCGAGACUUCUUCUGGAACAAGCAAGGAAGGAUGCAGCGUUAAAGGCAGGAAAUAAUAAACAACUGGCCUUCCAACCAAUCACACCAACUCAAAGCAAGCAUUUGAAUGAGCAUCAAGACCAAGAGCGACGGCGGCAGUUGAGAGAGAGAGCUCGUCAGUUAAUCGCAGAAGCUCGAUCUGGUGUAAAGAUGUCCGAUCUCACGAGUUACAAUGAACCGUUUACAGAGAGGUUGCGGGAAAGAUCAAAGCCUAUUGGAGAUGAUUAUGCUGGGGUAGAUACUAAUGAGGAAGGCAAUGAAUGCUCUAUUUUUGGAGCUGGAGAGGAACACACUAACAAUGACACUGAUCUUGAUUCUUUUGGAGGUCAGAAUAGCAGGUCAGGUGACAUGAAGCUGAAGAAACUCUUGGAGGCACAACCUCAGGUCAUGAAUUCACUGUCGACUGGUGUUCAGAAAGCCUCCCUUGAUGGUGUGGCUGAAGAAGAGCUGAAGAAUGAAAUGGAGGAUGAUCGUGCUGAGCGCUUGCGUAAAGCUACCGAACGCUUGCGGAGUCCUGUGAUGUUCAGUAAAGAUUCAGCUGUGAGACGAACUCAUCUUCAGUCAUUUAGUCAGUAUGUGGAAAGCAGACCAGAGAUUAAACGGCAGAGAUCAAUACAAGAAGAUGCAAAGAAAGGAAAUGAGGAAAGGAUGGAAAUCUGUGAAACAACUCCAAGAAAGCCAUCGGAAGAUGAAGUAUUUAGUAGAGGGUUCAAAGACACGAGUCAGUAUGUUGUCGGAGAAUUGGCAGCGCUGGAGAAUGAGCAGAAGCAAAUUGACACGCGUGCGGCGAUGGUGGAGAAGCACCUUCGCUAUCUCAUGGACACAGGAAACAAUAAAGAGAAGGAGGAGGCGAUGAUGCAAGAGUGGUUUGUCUUGGUGAACAAGAAGAAUGCCCUGAUAAGACGUCAAAACCAACUUUCACUUUUGGAAAAAGAGCAUGAUCUUGAGCGACGCUUUGAGCUGCUGAACAGAGAACUCCGAGCCAUGCUCGCAAUCGAAGAUUGGCAGAAGACCGAGGCGCAGAAGCGGCGGGAACAGCUUCUCCUGGACGAGUUGGUGAUUCUGGUGAACAAGAGGGACGCGCUCGUCCGCGACCUGGACGCACAGGAGAAGCAGGCGGAGGAAGAAGACGAACAUUUGGAACGAACUCUGGAACAAAACAAAGGCAAGAUUGUGAAGAAGGAAGAUAAAUGCGUGGUUCAGUGAGAUGUCAGAGCAGGCCCGAGCUCCUGUCUCACUGCAUGAACAUUGACGGACACUGGCCCGUCCUCCCUCCCCCCCCCCCCGCCCGCCCGCUCGCUGCUUUUAUCAAAGUGUAUUUUGUAAAAAAAAAUCUGUGAUUGUUUUAUUUGUAUCAGUGUGAUCGAUCUUAAUCGGAUAUAGUUAGGAAACUACCAAAGGAAACUGGUUACAAAUCUAGCAGAGCUGUUAACUUGUUCCUUGUGGCCAGCUUUACUGUUCACGCUGCUUCCUUCACAUAGUCGUCUGCCACUGACUCUGGGAUGGAUUCCGGAUCACAAAUGGCGUUGUGUGGCCCGGGAUUUGCGGGAACCACCGCAACCACUCCCGCAAACGCCGCGGCUCCCUCUACGACCGCGGGACUCUCUGCGACUGCGGGUCCCGCUACGACUGCGGUCCCUCUGCGACUGCGGUCCCUCUGCGACUGCGGGUCCCGCUACGACUGCGGUCCCUCUGCGACUGCGGGUCCCGCUACGACUGCGGUCCCUCUGCGACCGCGGGUCCCUCUGCGACCGCGGGUCCCGCCUACAGACUUCCAAAACACAUCGGACUGUCACAUUUCGGCUGCUUCAAGUUUUAAAAGUCUAAAACAAAUAUGUAAAGGUGUAAAUGUCGAUGCUUGCUAGUUGCUGCAUUUCACAACAGAGAAUGUGACCGUUUCAUUUGAGUGUCGAGUCGAUGGGAAUCUGGAUGAUAUAAAUAUAUAAAAAACAAGAUUAUACAGAGUGUGAUGAUGUUCUCUCAAGCUGGUUUUAGUCGCAACUCUAAAGGGCUGAUAAACGAGGGCAGAUAUUCCCAGAACAAGAUGCCCGGCUCCUGCUGACCAGAAACAUCUUCAGGGCCCAAAAUUACCUUCCGCCAAAUUGCUGCAUAAGUCUGAGGUCGGAUGCUGUAUGUGGAGAAAUAUUCCUGUUUAUUUAUUCCAGGGUCACGAAUCUUCAAUAAAAAGUUAACUUUGAAGUGUU